AUCUUCUCUGUCGGUCUUCUUCACACUCCACUCCUAUGCAUGUGUGAUGUGUCUCUACAACUACAAUUUUUUCUCUUAAUUUCAAAUAAUAAUAAUAUUUCUACUUCCAGUAAUUAAAAUUUAUCAAUUAAUCAUUCAAAAUUAAAAUAAACAAUCCAGCCGAAUUUUUUUUCAGAAUCUUCCUCUCUCUCUCCUUCCUUUUCUCAAUUAUCUACCUUCAAUUUCCCACCUCCACACUUUUACUCUCUCUACUAAUUCAUUCAUUUGUUUCCCUUCUUCAUCACGCAAUCGCCAUUUACAUGUUCAUGCUUUUUACAAUUUUUUUUUACUGAUUUUCUCACUCUCUCCAGGAAGGCGUUAUCUGGAGAGAGAAAGCUAAUUUUAGCAUUUGAUUCUUUGUAGUGAUCUUGAGAGAGAAAGCUAAUCUAAAAUUGGAUUUUUGUAUUUAUAAAGACUUGUAAAGCUGGCGGCUGCUACUGCUUGGAGGUUUACUGCCAGUAAUGGCAAUGGCAAUGGAAAUGCCAAUGGCCAUGUCCCUGAUGAUUUGAUUCGCAGUGAUCCCUAAUAUUUUGAGGCUGUUUUCUGAUUAUGGAUUUGUUGCUAUUAUUAAUAUUAUUGUGCUUAUCGCAUUCUCUCUGGAGCUCUUGAGCCUAGAGUGGUGGAAAGAAAUAUGGAUGGUAAACCCCUAGAGUCGGAUCCACUUUCUCCACGAUCUGUUUCUAAAUUGGGGUUAAGAGACCGUACAAGCAGCAUGGAGGAUCCUGAUGGGACACUUGCAAGUGUUGCUCAAUGCAUUGAGCAGUUGAGGCAGAAUUCUUCCUCUUUUCAAGAGAAAGAAUAUACUUUACGGCAGCUGCUGGAACUUAUUGAAACACGUGAAAAUGCGUUGAGUGCUGUAGGCUCUCAUUCCCAGGCAGUUCCGGUGCUUGUUUCUCUUUUGAGGUCAGGGUCACUAGCGGUCAAAAUACAAGCUGCUCGUGUCUUAGGGGCUCUCUGUAAGGAGAAUGAACUCAGGGUGAAAGUUCUGUUAGGUGGCUGCAUACCUCCUUUACUAGGCCUUCUCAAGUCCAGCUCUUCUGACGGUCAAGUUUCUGCUGCAAAGGCUUUAUACGCAGUUUCCCAAGGUGAUGCAAGGGAUCACGUAGGUUCAAAAAUUUUCUCCACUGAAGGAGUUGUACCAGUGCUAUGGGGACAGCUAGAGAAAGGGGAAGCUAGAAAAUUGGUAGACGAGUUAAUAACUGGAGCUUUGAAAAAUCUUAGUGGAAGUACAGAAGGAUUUUGGCCAGCAACCGUCCGAGCGGGAGGUGUGGAUAUACUUGUAAAAUUGUUGACGACUGGACAGCCUGGUACUCAAGCAAAUGUAUGCUUUCUUCUUGCUUGUAUGAUGAUGGAGGAUGCAUCUAUCUGCCCUACUGUCUUGGCUGGUGAGGCAGUCAAACAACUUUUAAAGCUGUUAGGAUCUGGUAAUGAAGCAGCUGUUAGAGCAGAAGCUGCUGGUGCUCUUAAAUCUCUUUCUGCUCAGUGCAAAGAGGCACGAAAAGAGAUAGCUAACUAUAAUGGCAUACCAGCUCUUAUAAAUGCUACCAUUGCUCCUUCUAAAGAAUUUAUGCAAGGGGAGCAUGCCCAAGCAUUGCAAGAAAAUGCAAUGUGUGCUCUGGCAAAUAUAUCAGGUGGAUUGUCCUCUGUUAUAUCCAGUCUUGGAAGAAGCCUUGAAUCUUGCACUUCGCCGUCGCAGGUUGCUGAUACUUUAGGAGCUCUAGCUUCAGCACUGAUGAUAUAUGAUCAGGAAGCUGAAUCUACAAAAGCCUCAGACCCCCAAACCGUUGAGCAGACUUUGAUUAAGCUCUUCAAACCUAAUUUGCCAUUCCUUGUCCAUGAGCGCACCAUCGAGGCUCUUGCCAGUUUGUAUGGGAAUUCAGUACUCUCAAGAAAACUUGCAAAUGCUGAUGCUAAGCGUUUGUUGGUUGGUUUGAUCACAAUGGCUACAAAUGAUGCUCAAGACGAGCUGGUAAAAUCACUUUUGAAGAUUUGCAAUGAUGAAGACAGUCUCUGGCAUGCACUUCAAGGGCGUGAUGGUGUCCAGUUACUAAUAUCACUUCUUGGGUUGUCAUCGGAGCAGCAACAGGAAUGUGCAGUUGCAUUGCUUUCCCUUCUUUCAAUUGAAAACGAUGAAAGUAAAUGGGCCAUCACUGCUGCUGGUGGAAUACCCCCACUGGUCCAGAUCUUGGAGACUGGUUCUGCAAAAGCCAAAGAAGAAGCUGCAACAAUAUUGGGAAAUUUGUGUAAUCAUAGUGAAGACAUACGAGCAUGUGUUGAAAGUGCUGAUGCUGUUCCUGCACUCUUGUGGUUAUUGAAGAAUGGGAGUUCAAACGGAAAGGAGAUUGCUGCCAAAACAUUGCAUCAUCUAAUUCACAAAUCAGAUACUUCUACCAUUAGUCAGCUUACUGCACUUUUAACCAGUGAUCUUCCAGAAUCUAAAAUUUAUGUUCUGGAUGCUUUGAAAAGUAUGUUAUCUGUGGUACCGCUUAAAGAUAUUUUGAGGGAAGGUAGUGCUGCCAAUGAUGCUAUUGAGACAAUGAUCAAAAUAUUGGGCUCUGCUAAAGAAGAAACUCAGGCAAAGUCUUCAUCUACUCUUGCUGGAAUCUUUCAUGUCAGAAAAGACUUGCGUGAGAGCAGUAUUGCAGUUAAGACGCUAUGGUCAGUCAUAAAACUCCUAAAUUCAGAAUCAGACACAAUUCUAGUGGCAGCCUCAUCAUGUCUUGCUUCUAUUUUUCUUUCAAUAAGAGAAAACCCUGAUAUUUUUUCCGUUGCUAGAGAUGUUUUGCCUCGGUUACUUGCUCUUGCAAGUUCUUCUGUUCUUAAAGUUGCAGAACAGGCAACAUGUGCGGUGGCAAAUAUUUUAUUGGAUGAUGCUCUUUCUGAAAGGGCUUCGCCUGAGGAAGUUAUAUUACCUGCCACAAGGGUUUUGCGUGAGGGUACACUUUCUGGAAAGACUCAUGCUGCAGCUGCUAUCGCACGAUGUCUGCGUCAACGUCUGAUUGAUGAUGCUGUAUGCGAAUGCGUGAAUCGUGUUGGUACAGUUAUUUCACUGGUUUCUUUGUUGGAGUUGGCAAAUGAUAGCUCCAUUGGCACAUCAGAAGCCCUAGAUGCACUUGCUCAGUUGUCGAGGUCUGGGUUGAUGGGUGGGAAAAUCAGACCAGCAUGGGCAGUUUUCGCAGAAUCUCCAAACCGCAUCACUCCAAUAGUUUCAUGCAUCGCAGGGGUUACACCCGCCUUGCAGGAUAAAGCCAUUGAAAUACUGUCGAGGCUGUGUCGUAAUCAGUUAGUUGCACUGGGGGAAAUCAUUUGUAGCUCAUCUGGCUGUAUUGAAUCUAUUGCUAGAAGAGUAAUUAGUUCUAAGGACACAAAUGUUAUAAUUGGAGGUGCUGCACUCCUUUCUAGUGCAGCUAGAGUUGGUCAUCAAAGAGUAGUGGAGGAUUUGAAUGACUCCAAAUUAUCUGCAUAUCUCAUACAGGCUCUAGUGGAAGUGCUCACUACCUCUCAAAGUUCUCUGGAUGAUCAAGAUGAUGAUGAGCAAGGGUCAGUGGGCAUUUGCAUUCAAUGGACUGAAGAGGGAAAGAUUACUGAGCCCACCUCUAGCACAAAGGUUAUGUGCAGCACCAAUAUUGCUGUGUGGUUUCUGUCCGUACUUGCUUCUCAUGAUGAGAAAAGUAAACUAGUUAUUAUGGAAGCUGGGGGGAUUGAUGUGCUCACAGAGAAAAUAUCACGCACACAGAUUGAUGUUACUGAAGAUAGUAGUAUCUGGACAUAUGCCUUGCUGCUGGCAAUACUGUUUCAAGAUAGAGAGAUCAUACGAGCACAUGCAACCAUGAAAUCCAUUCCGGUUCUUGCUAAUAUGUUGAGGUCAGAAGAGCCAGCAAACAGAUAUUUUGCAGCCCAAGCAUUGGCCAGUUUGGUUUGUAAUGGUAGUAGGGGAACUCUGUUAUCUGUUGCAAACUCUGGUGCAGCUGGUGGGCUAAUUUCUUUGCUUGGAUGUGCUGAUGAAGAUAUAUAUGAUCUAUUGAAAUUGUCCGAGGAGUUCUCUUUGGUUCAUUAUCCUGAUCAAGUGACUCUUGAGAGAUUGUUUAGAGUUGAUGACAUUAGAGUUGGAGCCAUGUCUCGGAAAGCAAUACCUGCCCUUGUUGAUCUCCUCAAACCAAUUCCUGAUCGUCCGGGGGCUCCAUUCCUUGCUCUUGGGUUUCUCACCCAACUUGCCAAAGACUGUCCCUCAAAUAAGAUGGUGAUGGUUGAAUCAGGAGCACUCGAGGCAUUGGCCAAAUAUCUUUCACUUGGUCCCCAAGAUGCUACUGAAGAAGCUGCCACAGAUCUUUUGGGGAUUUUAUUUAGUAGUGCUGAAAUAUGCAGGCAUGAAUCUGCGUUUGGUUCAGUGACCCAACUUAUAGCUGUCUUGCGCUUGGGUGGAAGAGGUGCUAGAUACAGUGCAGCCAAAGCACUGGAAAGCUUAUUUUCUGCAGACCAUGUAAGAAAUGCAGAAACAGCUAGACAAGCUGUGCAGCCAUUGGUGGAAGUUUUGAAUACAGGUUCCGAGAGAGAACAGCAUGCUGCAAUUGCAGCAUUGGUUAGGCUAUUAAGUGAAAAUCCUUCGAGGGCUCUUGGUGUGGCAGAUGUAGAAAUGAGUGCAGUUGAUGUUCUUUGCAAAAUCCUUUCAUCAAAUUGUUCUAUGGAGCUGAAGGGUGAUGCUGCUGAGCUAUGCUCUGUUCUCUUUGCAAAUACACGAAUCAGGUCUACAGUGGCUGCAGCACGAUGUGUUGAGCCACUGGUAUCUCUUCUUGUUAGUGAAUUCACCCCUUCUCAGCACUCAGUUGUCCAUGCUUUAGAUAAACUCUUGGAUGAUGAGCAGCUGGCUGAACUGGUCUCUGCUCAUGGUGCAGUCAUUCCUCUUGUCGGCCUGCUGCACAGCAGGAAUUACUUGCUUCAUGAGGCUGUUUCAAGAGCUUUGGUGAAACUGGGAAAAGACAGACCUAAUUGCAAGAUUGAAAUGGUGAAAGCUGGGGUCAUCGAAAGCAUACUUGAUAUACUACCUGAAGCACCUAAUUUUCUUUCUGCUGCUUUUGCAGAAUUGCUCCGGAUAUUAACUAAUAAUGCUACAAUUGCAAAAGGUCCAUCAGCUGCUAAAGUUAUUGAGCCACUUUUCAUGUUACUGUCACGGUCAGACCUAGGGCCAGAUGGACAACAUAGUGCUUUACAGGUUCUUGUUAAUAUUUUAGAGCAUCCACAAUGUCGGGCCGACCACACAUUGACCUCUCAUCAGGCUGUUGAGCCUGUUAUACCAUUACUAGACUCUAAUGUUCCAGCCGUACAACAGCUGGCUGCUGAGCUUUUGUCCCAUUUAUUGUUGGAGGAGAACCUGCAGAAGGAUCCCUUGACACAGCAAAUUAUUGGUCCACUUGUAAGAGCACUUGGGUCUGGGUCCUCUGGGAUACACAUUUUACAGCAGAGAGCUAUCAAAGCUCUUGUUGGUAUUGCUCUUAUUUGGCCAAAUGAAAUUGCGAAAGAGGGUGGUGUUAUUGAGCUAUCCAAGGUGAUAUUGCAAGCUGAUCCUUCACUUCCACAUGCUCUGUGGGAAUCUGCAGCCUCUGUUUUGUCUUGUAUUCUGCAAUUUAGUUCGGAAUUUUAUUUGGAAGUGCCCAUUGCUGUGCUUGUACGAUUGCUUCAUUCUGGUUCGGAGAGUACUGUAACCGGAGCUUUGAAUGCCCUUCUGGUGUUGGAAAGUGAUGAUUCAACAAGUGCUGAGGCAAUGGCUGAAUGUGGUGCCAUUGAGGCUCUGCUGGAGCUUCUUAGAUGCCAUCAAUGUGAGGAAUCUUCUGCAAGAUUGCUGGAAGUGUUGCUAAAUAAUGUAAAGAUUAGGGAAUCCAAAGCUGGGCGGGCUGCUAUUGUACCUUUAUCUCAAUACCUUUUAGACCCUCAAACACAAGGUCAGCAGGUGAGAUUAUUGGCUACUCUGGCAUUGGGUGAUCUAUUCCAGAAUGAGGCUCUGGCUCGUUCUGCUGAUGCUGUUUCGGCUUGUCGUGCUCUGGUUAAUUUGCUUGAAGAUCAGCCCACUGAGGAAAUGAAAGUAGUGGCUAUUUGUGCCCUUCAGAACCUUGUAACGUGCAGUCGAGCUAAUAAAAGAGCUGUUGCAGAAGCAGGUGGGGUUCAAGUCAUACUUGAUCUAAUUAAUUCCAGUGAUCCAGAAACUUCGAUUCAGGCAGCUAUGUUUGUUAAGCUUCUCUUCGCUAACAAUACAAUCCAGGAGUAUGCGUCCAGCGAAACUGUCAGGGCUAUAACCGCUGCUGUUGAAAAGGAUUUGUGGGCGACUGGGACUGUGAAUGAGGAGUAUUUGAAAGCUCUGAAUGCACUUUUUGGUAACUUCCCACGUUUAAGAGCCACUGAACCAGCUACCCUCAGUAUACCCCACCUUGUGACCUCUCUCAAAACAGGCUCAGAAGCUACUCAAGAAGCUGCCUUGGAUGCUCUGUUUCUCUUAAGACAAGCUUGGUCUGCGUGCCCUGCUGAUGUAUCUCGUGCUCAAUCCAUUGCUGCUGCAGAUGCAAUUCCUCUGCUGCAGUAUUUGAUCCAAUCUGGCCCACCUCGUUUCCAAGAGAAGGCUGAAUUUUUGUUGCAGUGUCUUCCAGGAACUCUAACUGUGAUAAUUAAGCGUGGAAACAAUAUGAGGCAAUCCGUAGGGAACCCAAGUGUAUAUUGCAAGCUUACAUUAGGGAACACUCAACCCAGACAAACAAAGAUCGUGUCUACUGGUCCUACGCCAGAAUGGGACGAGAGCUUUACAUGGUCCUUCGAAAGUCCUCCUAAAGGCCAGAAGUUACAUAUUUCCUGCAAGAAUAAGAGCAAAGUGGGAAAGAGUUCAUUCGGUAAGGUGACAAUCCAGAUUGAUCGAGUGGUAAUGCUGGGUGCAGUUGCUGGCGAGUAUACUCUCCUGCCUGAAAGCAAGAGCGGGCCAUCAAGAAAUUUGGAGAUUGAAUUUCAAUGGUCUAACAAAUAACAAAAUUCACAAUUUUUAUAAGAACCGUGAUUUUCAUGUACAAGAAGAAAUUUUUUUGCAUGCUAUGGUGAGGCAUCAAUUAUGCAAAGGUGGAUAGACUACAUUACAGCUAGCUCGUUUGAGUGAAUUCCUCGUCCUAGGUCAAUUCUAUUGCCACUCACCUUUUUGUCCCUUUCUUUCUACAAUUAGUGUUUGUCAUAAGCUUUGUAAAUAGUGUUGCUGAAAUUAAAUUUUUGCUAUUGUAGAAUACCUGUUGUUUGUAUGUACUUAUAGUAUAGAAGUAUUCCUUGACGAUUGUUUAUUGGUGUAUUCUUUUGUAAUCUGAGCGAAAAAUCCUUGUCAAUAAUGUAACAUUUUAGGUUUGAUGGA